AUGGCAUCACCAGUACAUAAAAUAACGGUAAUCCGCGUCCGUAAACAAUCAAAAAUCCAUGAACCAUCAUCCAUAAACAAUAGAUCUCUUGAAGGACAAAUGAAACAUCAAAACUUGAAUAAUAAGAAAAUGACAAAUGAUCCAUUAAAGAUUCACAAUGUUAGAAGAUAUUCAUCAGUUCAUAAGAGUACAACAAAUCUUCUGUCGAAUGAUCCAAAUGAGGCAGAAUAUUCAUCUCCUGAUUUACAAAGCAGAAAUUCAUCCUCAAACGAUCAAGAAAAUUUAAUUCGAUUCUCAAUUAGAAGCGACCAAAGAAAUCCAUUACCAAAUUAUUUCGAUAAAAUAAUUUCUCCACCGAACCAUUCACAAAGACAAAGUCAAUCUUUAAGCAAUGAAAAUAAUAGAGUCCAUCCAUCUGUUAGUGUACAAAGAAUAAGUCGAUCAUCGACUUAUCGAAAACAAAUAAAUAUACCGGUCAAUGAUCAGUACAGAAGAAGUCGAAUAUCAGUACCACAAGAACUUUACCGAGCACCAAACAAAGUAAGAAAACAAAAGUUUCUCGAAAAUACAAAGACUUCUUUCGAUCUCAAAGAGAAACUUGAAUAGCAAUAAUAUCUUGUGAAAGUUUUCAAUGAAUCAAAAAUAAAUUAUAUUCUCUUGAUGAUUAAUAACAUUUUUAUAUAUUCUCCUUACCUUUGAUACUAGAUUUCGUUCCUCAAAUUCGUUGCAAUAUUUUUAUGAUUUCAACUUGUAUGAAAAUCAGAAAGAUAUUCUCAACACUUGAAUUUUUUUUCUAGUUCUGCAUGGUAGGAUAGGACAGAGUAACUCUGUACAUAUCAAAUUAGAUUCCGCCAAACCUAAUGGUAUCUGAUUAGAUUCUAUGAGAAUUAAAUAAAGUUCGAUAGAAUCUAUUCAAAAAAAUAAUGUCAAGAACUAGCUUAAAGAAUGAUAACUGGGUCCCUGAUAUUGGAAUCGAAUCAGAUUCUAAUGUAACAAAAUCAUCUGAUUUUAUGGUGAGAAUCUGUCGCAUCCAUUUAUGACUGUUUCCACAAAAUUUCUAUCAAAUACUGUUCACUUUUUCAGUUUCAUAGGUAAGGUGCUAAUCAAGUUCUAUUAGAUUUGACUAGAUAAUUACUCAGAUAGAAUAGUUCGUAGGAGAAUCUUUUCAAAUUUCACUGCACCAAGAUCAGAUAACCAAACAAUGAAAUCUCUCACAAGUAAAAUAUUAUAUUGUCGUAAUAAGGAUCAUUGUCUCGGAAAUUUUACGGUAAGGCUCUCUCGAAACAUCUCUUUCCAUCGUAAAGUAUCACUUUAAGAUGAUACGAAAUGUUAUAUGAUGGUAAGAUCUUGUAAGAUUCUUGUAGUACUAUUGACUAUUAGAUUUUGUGAAACUAGGUUUUUUUUGUAUGAUUUCAUAUCAUGUCACAAUAUCCAACGUGUAAAUUUUUGAUUUGUGAGAUAUUUUCAGAAUCACACGGAAAUUGUGACCUUUGAGAAACUUUUAUCAAGUCUUGCCAUAUGAUUUUUACAACAUUCUAAUUACUAUUAACAAUCUUAUAUGAACUUUCAAACAGAUCAUAUAGGAUUUUACGUAUAAUAUGAUUUUGCAAGGAUCAUUCGUCAAAACAUGAUCUACGUUUAGUAGUUGGCACAAUUUCUUGUACGUUUUUUUUAUACGAUUUUGUCUAAUCUGAAAGCUCUUAUGUCCAAUUUUUCAGUAUGGUGCUAAAAUUUAUCGAAUGUCUGUUGUAUCCCAUUCAUCGUUCUAUUAUUGAUAACUUCAACAAGAUUUUUUCAAGUCCUGAUUGACUGACUGAUCCACUAGAUAAUUAUCGGAUAAAUCUGAAUUUUUUCGAACUGCUUUGUAUCUCAGAAUAAGUGUUUCUUGAACAAACAAAUGGAUUCGAAGUUAUCAAGAAAAUGUUCUACAUAUUAUACUGCUUGAGUUCAAACACAUUUUACUUUCCAAAGACUAACUUGAAAAUUUCUUACAACUACUAGAAAAGUCAAACAUUCUGUUCAAUCAAUUUUACCAAUGUACAUAUCUGAAAAAAGUUUCUAUUUCUCCGACAACUUGUGUACCGAGGCAUCUGCUUGAAAAACUAAAUGGUGAAUAUGAAGAUGAUUAAUUUUUCGUCUGAUAAAACAUCUCUAAACAACAGUGUUUUCUUGCUUAAAAUAAAUUUGCAUUGGACAUAUGUGCUAGCAUCUGAAGUGAUUUCCCUUAUGGCUGACCUAUUACGAGACAAUCAUUAUAAUCUAAGUCAUUGAAAUCCAAUAGAAUCGAAAAAAAAAUGAAAUACAAAACAAAUAUACAGUCCGAAUCUCAUAUAUCUUUAUAAUUUUUUUUUACAAAUUGAUCUGAUUUUAUAGUUGAAAUAUGAAUAUGAAAUUUUGAAUGAUAAAGAUCAAUGUAUCGAUACUCGUUUCGAUUCGAAAUAGAAAAUGACUUUUAAUAUUAUAUACUCAUUUAUAGAUCACUUGUUUUGUCUCUUUUUAGUCAAACAAUUUAUUCUUCAUAUCACCAAAUGGUCUCUCAACUUCAAUUUCGAGCAGAAAACAAACUUUAUCCAUGAACGAUGAUGUUAUUAUAAGAGAUGAGAAGCGUACUCUGUUCACUUUCUAUUGGAUUCUUGGAGUGAAUGAUGAAGAAAAUAAAAGAAAAAGAAGGCAACUAUUUUUCAAGAUAAAAAUUUCUCCUAUUUUGACUUAGAUCUAUUGUACUUUAGAAGACGUGGAGCCUACUUCACAAGUCAAUGUUGUUGCUGCGCUAUAAUGACUUUAGUAUGCUUGCUUAUUCUGGCAGCACUUAUAGCAGCAAUUAUUAUGUUGAGUAUGUAUUAAAGAAGAAAAUAUUCAAUUAAAUUAAUUAAAAACGUUUUAUAGAAAAUUUCAUACAAAUUAGUUGCUGAUAGUUAGUUUUUUUUUUCCAAACAUGAUUGAUUUAGAUAUAUACAACGCAUUGGAUUUUUUCAGAAAUAAUCAAUUUCAUUAAUUGGAUUUUUCAUUUCUUUCUUGCUAUUUAGUUCAUUGUUUGCAAAAUUCAUAAUGUUAAAAUAAGAAAAACUAGAAAUGUAGAAUAAAAAUAACGAGUGAAUAGCCAAAAGACGAAACACAAAGUAAGACGCCCUUGUUAAAAAAAAAACUUCUCUUCCAUGUCCAGAGAUAAAUAAGGCAGAUCCUAACUCUGGUUAUCGAGAAUAACAAUCAUCUACUGAAAACUUCUCACUUGAAAUAUUCUACAUGACUUUCGCGAAGCUAAAAACGUAUGCAAGUUCCACAUUUCAAUCCCAAACCCAGUUGCUCGAACAAACAUUUUCUCCAAACAAUUCACUAGUUAUGUUUAAUAUUUUUGUGGUAAAACAAAUAAGACUUUGAUACCAUCAAGCUCGUUUAGCUCAAUCCAGAAAACAAGAAAAGAUAGUAUAGAAUAUUGAGUGUUACUUUACUAUAUGCAUCUUUAAAUAAGACUCAAAAAGCUUUUUGUUUGAGCAUAAUGAUCAUAUAGUAUCGGAAUUUAUCAUCUUUUCAAUAGUAUAUAGUUGGUCAUUCUUCGGAACGUAAAACAUAUGUGUUUAUAUUAAUAUUGGAAUACAGACAUAUUUCACUAGAUUUUGUUGAUGACGAUGUGUAACACAUAAUUUAUUCGAAAAUAAAAACAUCUGAGAAGACUUUUUUCUAGAUCUAAAAUAUUUUAUUAGUUUCCAAUACAACUGCAUAACUUGUAAGAUCGGAAAUCAAAUACUUCAUUCUGAAGUUCAGGUCACGAAAUAGAACUACGAAAAAAAAAUGGAGAUGUUUCUGUAUCAACUGGCUUGAUAGAUUGAUUACGGUGGAUGUAGAUGUCUUCUAUUAAUGUUCACCCACACCCACCCACAUUUUAUUUUACUUUCUAUUUUAUUAUUAUUUGAUGACACUGUUUUUUUUUUCUCCGUCAUCAGGCAUAAUAUCAAACUCUACGAACACU